AUGUCCAUACCGUACCAAUCGUCAUCACGUGGGCACGACAAGGACGUCUUUGUAGACGUCAAAUCGCAAGAUUUCACAGAGCACGCAGGCUCAUCAACCGAAGAAGAAGCAGUAGGGCAGGAGAAAGAGCUAGAGCAAGAGCACGACACGCGCGGGCUCAAGCACGGCUUGAAAGAUCGCCAUCUAUCACUUAUCGCUCUCGCGGGGAUAAUUGGCCCCGGUAUCGCCGUUGGAGCAGCACAGGCGCUCGCGAAUGGGCCCGCGGCAAUGUUGAUCAGUUUCGGCGUGAUUGGAAUCAUCGCGUUGAUCAUGAUGCAGUCGUUGGGCGAGCUCACUACGAUGUACCCCGUGGGCGGCGCUUUUAGCACCAUGGGCGCCAAGUUUGUCGAUUACGCGUGGGGUGGCGCCGUGGGUUGGAACUAUGUGAUUGUGUGGGUGUGCGUGCUAGCUAAUGAAUAUAAUGUUACUGCGUCGAUAUUGCAGUUUUGGGGCCCGCAGGUGCCGUUAUACGGCUACAUUCUCAUCUUUUGGGCUGCGUUUAUGGCGUUCCAGUUUCUUGGCGUCAAGACGUUUGGCGAGUUUGAAUUUUGGUUGGCCUUGUUUAAGAUCUUUGGCUUUAUUGCCUUUUACAUAUUCUCCAUUGUCUACGUGAGUGGUGGAGUCAAGGGCACCAAAGCGUUUGGGUUCCAUUACUGGAACGAUCCUGGUGCGUUCAAGAGCGGGUUCAAGUCUGUCGCGAGCUGUUUCACUUUUGCCAGUACUUUCUACAGUGGCACUGAAGUUGUCGCUAUAGCCGCUAGCGAGUCGAAAAACCCGGGAAGAGCAGUGCCCUCAGCGAUCAGACAGACGGUGUGGCGUAUCUUGUUGAUCUACAUUGGAAUCGCCAUCACCUAUGGACUCACCGUUCCCUACGACGAUCACAGGUUGGGAAGAGACACAAAGACGUUAAAGUCGCCCAUGACCAUCGCUAUCCAGAGAGCCGGAUGGGAAGGCGGCGCGCACUUGAUCAACGCGUUCAUCAUUGUCAUUUGCAUUUCAGCCAUCAACUCGUCGAUUUACACCGGCUCGCGAGCAAUGGUGCACAUGGCGCACGAAGGAUGCGCUCCGUUUUUCUUCAAAUGGGUCACAAAGCAAGGGGUGCCCUGGGUAGCGGUGAUAUUCAUGAACUGCCUCGGCUUGAUCUCGUUGAUGAAUUAUAGUACUGACGCGGCUAACGCAUACAGCUACAUUGUCAAUCUCUCCGGUGUGGCUGUUUUUAUAGUCUGGGGCAAUGUGUGCUUUUACCACCUUCGGUUCAGGCGCGCCAUGAAGUUGCAAGGCAGAUCGGUGGAUGAGCUUCCGUAUAAGGCGUGGGGCUAUCCCAUUUUGCCCAUCGUGGGCGUGGUUUUGAAUGUCUUUUUGGCCUUGAUUCAAGGCUGGCAGUAUUUCAAGCCGUUUGACGCUGGCGACUGGGUCGAUGCUUAUGUUUUGUUGCCGGUGUUUUUCAUAAUCUACCUUGUGUUCAAGGUGAUUAAGCGGUCCAAAUGGGUUGACUUGAAAGAGGUUGAUUUGGACGAAGGCAGAAGAGCCGACGUUGAUACCUUUGAAAAGCCUCCAAGGAAAUGGGGCAUUUGA